AAGGAAAGGAAAAAAAGAAAAGAAAAAGACAUUUGUUUUUGAGGAAGAAGAAAGAAAGAACAACAGAUGCAGCGGUUGGGAGGAUUAGAAUAAUGGUUUGUUCUUUCGUGGAAAUUAAUGAGGAACACCCGAGAGAAAGAGGGUGACUGAUGCUAUCGCUUGCCUCUGUUUAUUUCAAUCUCUUUCCUUACUGGGUCUAAGUGUUGGCCUUUUUUUUUUUCUUUUCCCUUUUGGAUUCUGCCGGGGAUUUAUGUGAAGAUUAAAGAGGACGCAAAGCUCCGUUACCGGAGGAGAAAGGGUCGAAGGAUAUUCUGUUUCUUUCUCGAGGGCAGGCUGUUUCCUUCCAUCUUUCCCACGCAUAUGCCCAGUAAAUCCUCUCUUUGUGGUUUUGGUGCCGUUUGUGUUGUUUAGGUUUGCUCUUUGUUGUUGAGGGAGGUAGCUAGGGCCCUAAAGUGCUGCACAUUCAUCGAGGGUUUGAAGCUUCCUUAUGAGCUCUUUGGUUGUUUCAGUCUGAGAUCUGGAAAUGGGACUGAAGGUUGAGCUGGUUAUGCAUAUUAAUGGGUGAAUCCGGGUAUCUAUUGGCUUUUGGAUUUUGGGCUUCAAAAUGCAACCUUGGUGGUUAACUUGAAAAGGGGUUGCAGCCUGUGGCGGUUGGUGACGUUUCCUUUGAGCCUUCACAAAUCUUCAUCUUUCAACCUCUGGAAUUGGCAUGGCUUCUGAGCUGAAAGAGGCAAACUUGGUGGGAAUAUCAAGGAGGGUUUGCAUCUCUCUGUGGUGAUCUGUGCCCUUUUUUAAGAUUACUGCAUCUGGGUCUUUGAAGCAUUCCGAAUUUUUGGCAAGAUUUUUUGAGCGUACUCGGCGAUAAAACUGGUGGGGUUAGUAGUGCUUUUGGGUCUUUGCAAGCUUCUCAGAGGAACAGUUUUGUGUCUGUCUCUUGGAUUCGUACUUGAAGGAUAGACGAAGCUAUGAUUGAUCAGUUCAUCAAUUUUGUCAUUAGGCCUCCCAGGGCAGACUAUAAUCCUGAUCAGUACUUGUGGGAAAAAGAUUUCACACUUGCAGGCAGAUCUUACAAGAGACAAGACUUGGAGCUUACAAACCAAAGGGGCCACACUUUGAGGUGUAGUCAUUAUGUGCCUGCAACUUUCCCCGAAGAUACGCCUCUUCCUUGUGUUAUAUACUGCCAUGGAAACAGCGGGUGUAGGGCUGAUGCAAAUGAAGCUGCUGUUAUACUUCUUCCAUCAAAUAUCACAGUUUUCACCCUUGAUUUCUCGGGUUCAGGCUUAUCGGAUGGUGAAUACGUGAGCCUUGGUUGGCAUGAGAAAGAUGACCUUAAGGUUGUGGUGUCAUAUUUGAGAAGCAAUAUGCAAAUAUCAAGAAUAGGACUAUGGGGACGUUCGAUGGGUGCAGUGACAAGCAUUCUCUAUGGAGCAGAAGACCCUUCGAUAGCUGGGAUGGUGUUGGAUAGCGCCUUUUCAAACUUAUUUGAUCUGAUGAUGGAACUUGCGGAUGUCUAUAAAAUCCGAGUUCCCAAGUUCACUGUAAAGAUGGCUGUUCAAUAUAUGCGGCGUGUGAUUCAAAAGAGGGCCAAGUUUGAUAUCAUGCAUCUCAACUGUUUACAGGUUGCACCUAAAACAUUUAUUCCUGCUCUAUUUGGACACGCAAGUGAUGACAAAUUUAUUCAACCUCAUCAUUCCGAUCUCAUCAUCAAUGCAUAUGCGGGUGACAAAAACAUAAUAAAAUUUGAUGGUGACCACAACUCCUCUCGACCACAGUUCUAUUAUGAUUCAGUUUCCAUAUUCUUCUACAACGUCCUUCGACCUCCGUUAGUGCCUAAUCCACAUCUAAAGAAGGCUGAGAAGUAUUACGACUUGGGUAACCUGAAGCUCAGUGCCAAUAUUAAUGAGGAUAAAACGAAUGACCAACAGAACGAGGAAUGUUGUUCCUUCACAAGCUCAAACCGAGGGAGCUGGGGAAGAUGCUCCUCUUUGGGUGGCAGCGAUGAGGAGCCCUCUGCAACUUGUCCCACUUCUAACAACCACCACCAGAAUGCUCUAGAUGUGCUUGCGACUCCACUACAUACCUUCCGACAAGUGUUGCCCAAGAGCCCGAAGGAUGGGAAGAAGAAGAAGAAAAAGAAGAAACAGAAGUCGCAGACAAACCCUGAAAAGCCCAAGCGAGAGAAGUUUGAGAAGCUAGAAGCCCUUAGCCGGCGGCUGCGUCUCUGCAUCCUAAAACGAAUCAACCAUCAGAGACAUCGCUCGUCGUGAUCUUCGACCAGUUACUCGACUCCACUCACAUGUAUUUGUCCAAAAAAAAAAAUCCUCUCCUGUAACUGUAAUCUUAUUCUCCUUUGCUUUUUUUUUUUAGUGUUUUUCGUUCGUUCUCUAGGCCUUUCAUUGUGUAAACUCUGGGUAGUCCAUCCUCGUCUCCAGUCCAGGAUGGGGGCUUGUAAAGAACAUAGUAGCUUAUUCCUGGCCUUCUGUUGUUUCCAUCUU